UCUUCUUCUUCUCUCCCCCGCCUACUGACUCUUUUGUUUGUUUGUUUCAAAUUUCUACAGUAACUGAAACACUCAGGUUUUUCAAUUUCUCAGAGCUUUCGAUUGACGAUGGAGAUGCCCGAAGGAGAAGGAACUACAGAGGAGAAUUACGAUGUAGAUAUCGCGACAACCGCUUCUUCGCUAGGCGGCUCCGGCGUCUUCCAUAUUAUCAAUGACAUAGUCGGUUUCGUCCUCUAUAUGCACCAGCAGAUCCCUUCGGUAUUACAAGAUAUGAGUCUUGAGUUUGAUGGAUUGCAGACAGAAUUUAUGGAUUUGGAGGCGAAUCUUACACAACCUGAAGUGAAACCACUGGUUAGAAGAAAACUGGUGAGUAGAAAGAGGGAGGUGAAGAACGAAAUUAAGAAACUGGAGAAACUGAUGAAAACCAUCUCUAGUCUCCGAAGUGCCCUGCAGUUAAUGAUCCGUGAAACUCCUGGCAUUCAGAAAGUUGUGUUGAUUCUUGGUGGUAGUCCAUUACGGCCUCAAAAAGCUUAUGAGUUGUUAUUCACACAACACAGUGACUAUGUUAUGGGAUACGAAGGUGACUUUGCUAAAUCUAAAGCUGCAGAGGCACUUUCAAAAAAGACUAUCCGAGCACUGAUAUCGACGGGUGCUGGAUCAACUUCUUACCCAGGUCCAAUGAGGCUCUUCAUAUUGGUUCAUGCUCCGCCUACUUUGAAUAUUCCCCAACAUUUCCUUCCUAAACGAGACUUCAGAUACAACAGAAAGUUUGUGCCUUCAAAGUUGAGAUUCAAGUGCAGACAUCAAGAAAGUGCCACAAACUCUUCCCUCAACUCUAGCACAAGUGAUUUGAUAUGGUUUCAAUGUCGACAUGUGAUAAAGGGCUUAGCUUUCCAUCAACCAGUGGAAGAAUAAGACGUGAGAGUUUGUAACUCUCUAGUCUCUAUUGUUGUAACUAAACCCAACCCAGUAGCAGACUUUAGAUACAAAUCAGGAUUUUUCUAUCAAUUCCAAUUGUGAGAGAAUACAACAUGUACUUUUUUGUGUGUUUAUUAUCACCUUAAGAGAAAAGAGAUGCUUAUUGUGUGUAAACACUGCUUUCCUUGCAUCUUUAUGGAAAAAUCAACUAGGAUUAAAGGGGUCA